GUCAGCGUGAAAUCUCGUGAGAUCUCCUCUCCGCUCCGUCUCCUCUCCGUGUCAGCUCGCAAGGAUUCCAGACACUUUCUCAGCUAUAUAACCUUUUUAAUAGGCUUUCAGUCUAUUACCUCAGUGGAUUAUUCCACACAACAGACUCACAGCUUUCUGGAUUGUUAUUGGCUAGACGAAGCAAAACAUUGAAUCAUGGGUAAUAUUUUUGGCAAUCUGUUGAAGAGUCUGAUAGGAAAGAAAGAGAUGAGGAUUCUGAUGGUCGGAUUAGAUGCUGCUGGUAAAACCACCAUCCUGUACAAAUUGAAACUGGGAGAGAUCGUAACCACCAUCCCAACCAUUGGCUUUAAUGUGGAGACUGUGGAAUAUAAGAACAUUAGCUUCACUGUAUGGGAUGUGGGCGGUCAGGAUAAGAUCAGACCACUCUGGAGACACUACUUUCAAAAUACACAGGGGCUUAUCUUUGUGGUUGAUAGUAACGAUCGGGAGAGAGUUAACGAGGCAAGGGAGGAGUUAAUGAGGAUGCUCGCAGAGGACGAAUUGCGUGAUGCCGUUCUUCUUGUUUUUGCAAACAAACAGGAUCUGCCAAACGCUAUGAAUGCUGCUGAGAUCACAGACAAACUCGGCCUCCACUCGCUCCGCCAUCGCAACUGGUAUAUACAAGCGACCUGUGCGACCAGCGGUGAUGGUUUGUAUGAAGGGCUUGACUGGCUCGCCAAUCAGCUCAAGAAUAAGAAAUGAGGGGCAGGGUUUUCAUUAUGUGGGCGUAUCUCACUUUGGGAAAGGUGUGGGACUAAUUUGGCCUUUGGAAUCGUUUUGUUUUGUUUUUCUUUGUUUAAUGUGGUUUAUUUUUUGUUUUAUUUUGGCAAAUAUGUGGUUUAUAGAGCCUUCCAUGCUCUGUAUGUAUGCACACACAGUUACACGCACACAUGCACACCAACCUGUGUCUAAUUUCCUUUGUUGACUUCCAUUUUUACUGUAUGAUGAACCGUGUGAUAAUACAGUGUCAGUAUAAAGCAUCAAUGUUUGGUCAAUAACUCUCUCUCUCUCUCCCUCACUCACUCACCUUCUUUCUGUAUUUACAAUCGGUGAUCAUUGGUGUCCUUGACUGCCACAAAAAAAGAUUUUUUGAUAUGCAAUUCACUGUGCUCAUGUAUUAUGUAAUAUGCUCAUAUAUUUCCUUGAUUUGUCAGAACAACCUCUCUACGCUCUAUUUUCAGUAUAUGCAACAAUAAUGCAGUUUGCCUCCUGCAUAUAUUCCACGUCUGUGAUUACGUUAGGUACCAUGCUGUGUAGUGUAUGGCUCAGUCUCCCAGUGUCGUGAUUAAGCGUUGUGUUGUAGUAGACGGUAGAACUGCAUGUGUGUGUUUUAGUCACACAGAGCUGCUCGGUGUUGCAUGCUGCUUUGUAGCUGUGCUGUAAUAGAAAUGAUUCAGUGAUUGGACUGAAUGUAGAAUGAACAUAGAGUCUUUAUCUUGUCUUAAAUCUGUUUCUGCAGAUAUCGCUUGCCUAAAUUGUGAACGUGGUGCUGUUGUUCCAUCCAUUGUAAACAUGCGUAACUAGAAAUCUGUAAAUAAUGCUCAAGUUUUCAAUCAAAUGCCCUUUUAUUUCAUUAUAGAACUGGCUAAUUGUUGCAUGGGUAAAAUGGUAUUGUUGAGUCACAAACAUUAUUUGCAUGGCUUGCAUGCUGUACUGUUAGUUAGAUAGAUAGAUAGAUAGAUAGAUAGGUAGAUAGACAGAUAGAUAGACAGAUAGAUAGAUAGAUAGAUAGUUUAGCUGCAACCACUAAUUUGCCACUGAUAUUACAUUAUUAUGACGCUAAACUGUUGUUUUUUUGCAUUCGCACGUUGACAAUUUUAGUUCAUACAAGUGAAUAGCAGAAAAACAGCACACACACUUGUACACAAAACUCGGGUAAAUCAGUGGUCUAUGGCAAACUGCAUUUUCUAUGUAUUGCAUGAGGCUUUGGGGUGUUUAAUGCUCGUAACGUGAAGUUUUGUGGGUUCAGACAUGUCAACAUCUCACCCCAUUGAAUGUGAAUUUUGUUGAAUCUAUGCUGGUGUGCUGACACAUUUUGGCUUUAUUUAUACCUUGUUUAAUAAGUAGAGUUCAGAGAAAAAUAUAUGAAUAAUAUAUUUAGGCAAAUCAUGCUGCUUUUUUCCAUUAAUGUUGGAUAUUCUUAUUCCAUUUACAUGCUAACACUUCAGUUUAUAUGAAACAUCACUAACACAAAAGAUAUGUGUUACUAAUAUAUAGCAUGGACAAAUGUGAAAUCAAUCGCUAACAUACUGUAUUUGACCAUACUAGCUCGUGUAAAUACAGCAAACACAUUUAUCCUGCAUUGCUUAUGUGUUUGUAAUUCAUUUUUCACACAAAUCUAAUACUAACACUGUAUGUGUCUAGUUCCUUGUUUGUUCUUUGGGUAAAGCAUUGUUCUUGCAUUGCUUUGCAUAUUAUUUUAAGCUAAAACUACCUACCACAACCUAAAAUGUGUGUAUAAAUGACACUGACAAUGCAGACCAGUUUGAAGGUUCAGUUGUGUAGGGUGUGGGUGAUGCAGGAAUGAGAGUUACCAAGACAACUUUGCUACUGAGCAAGAUGCUUAAACUCUAAUUGUUCAGUUUGGCUAUGGGACAUAAGCAUAGUUAGCUUAACACUGUGCAGUUUGUCCACCAAUAUUAGUUCAGCAUCUAAUGUAAACCAACCUCAUGAAAAGUCUGAGAGGUGGCUAAUUCAUAUGAAUUCGUACGAUUUGUUGAUGUGAAAAUCCCUGGAAGUUUAAUGCAGAAGUAAGCGAAUUUUAUGCUCAUACCCAAACCCCAUAUCUAAACCUAACCAUAGAGCAGAGUCCCAAAGCAUAAUUUGAAGCAGAAAGAAUAUGAAUGAUGUAAGAAAGUAAUUGCCACGUUUUAGGAGGAGACGUUUUGGGAUAGUCACCUGAUUGGCUGUUGUGAAAGUCGUACGAAUUCAUACGAUUUAGCCACAUCUGUACGAUUUCUCUGUGAGAGUGUGUUAAUGUAAAUGGUACAAGGCCAUUUAUACACAAAGCUCUUAGUCUACUGUGUGAAUUGUCCAGUCUGUUAAGUUUCGUGGCCUUAUCAUCUUACAAAAGUAUGUUUUCACAAGGUUAUUUAUUAACUAAGUUAUUAGGUCACUAAGUUACUUUUUAGUUUUGAGUUGAUAUGGGCACAAAAGGGGUUAUAUCUCAAAUAAUACACCGUUUUGCUUGAUUUUGAAGGGGGAAAAGCAUUUAUUCUUUGCAUUAAAUCGUUUGUGUGCUUACCGAAUAGCUAUAGGGUUGAUCUUUUAGAAUGUUCAAAAGUUUUAUUUUCCUUCUUCAAUAUUAUAUUUUUAUUUAUUUAUUUAUUUUGGUGAGUAUUCUGGUGAAUGUGUUUUUACCUCUGUGUGCUUAUGCUUUUUCUUGAUUUUUUCUUGUGUUAGGUAAAUUAUUUUGAUGGAUUAUACAGUGUCUGUGAACAUAAUCAAUGAAGGGGUAAACAACUUCUCAUUGAAAAAAUAAAAAUACAUAGAACUCUUAGAAAUCAUGGAAGAAAUGUGUAACUGUCUGUUACAGUGGAUGAAGAAAGAUUUCUGUUGAUUAUGAUGAUGUAGACACCAAAAUCUUUCUCUCACUACAAUCCUUUGACUGUAACCUACACUCGAAUAAAAACAUGGAAAUUA